GGAGCUCUGAGCGCGGCUGUGGAUUAGGAGGACGGAUGCGGCUGCCAAUUUCUGGGACCACGGCUGAGAGGAGUGGGCGUGGCCUCGGCGGUGUGGAUGCUCCUUAGAAAAGAUGCUGGGCGCUUUUCAGGGAGCAGUCAGGGCUGUGGUGUGUGUGUGUUUGUGUGUGUGAGAGUGAGAGGGAGGGAAGGAGAGAGGGAGAGGGAGAGAGAGAGAGGAAGAGAGAGAGGGAGGGAGGGUUGGGGGGGGAGGAAAAGAGAGAGAGAGAGAGAGAAGCGAAGGAAGGAGAGAGGCUGAGAGACCCAGAGGUGCCGAAGACCCAGACAGAACUGGGAGAGGGACAGAGAACGCGACCCGAUCCCUUGGAGAGCCACUCAAGAUCUUUUGGGGAGGCCAGAUAAAUGUGAACAUGGGGUCUGUCACCGGAGCUGUCCUCAAGAUGCUACUUCUGCUAUCUACUCCAAAUUGGAACAGGGUUUUAGCUGGGAAUUCCUAUGAUUGCGAUGCCCCUUUGGUGUCUGCCUUGUCUCAGGCAUCAUUCAGCAGUUCAUCUGAGCUUUCUAGCAGCCAUGGUCCUGGAUUUGCAAGACUAAACCGAAGAGAUGGCGCUGGUGGCUGGUCUCCACUUGUGUCCAACAAAUACCAGUGGUUGCAGAUUGACCUUGGAGAGAGAAUGGAGAUCACCUCUGUGGCCACCCAAGGGGGAUAUGGGAGCUCCAACUGGGUGACCAGCUAUCUGCUGAUGUUCAGUGACAGUGGCAGGAACUGGAAGCAGUAUCGGCAAGAGGACAGUAUCUGGGGAUUUGCAGGAAAUGCAAAUGCAGACAGCGUUGUCUACUGUAGACUCCAGCCUUCCAUCAAAGCCAGAUUUCUACGCUUCAUUCCUUUAGAGUGGAACCCCAAGGGCAGAAUUGGAAUGCGAAUCGAGGUGUUUGGAUGUGCAUAUAGAUCAGAGGUGGUUGAUCUUGAUGGAAAAAGUUCCCUUCUCUACAGAUUUGACCAAAAAUCCCUGAGCCCAAUAAAGGAUAUAAUUUCUUUGAAAUUUAAAACCACGCAGAGUUAUGGGGUUCUGCUGCACUGGGAAGGGUUAAAUGGAGCUCACAUCACACUGGAAUUAAGAAGAGGAAAACUCUAUUUUCUCAUUAAUUCAGGUGAUGCUAAGCUGGCCUCCUCUCACGCCCCUACCAGCCUCACCCUGGGCAGCCUGCUGGACGACCAGCACUGGCAUUCCGUGCUCAUCCAGCGCUUGGGCAGACAAGUCAACUUGACAGUGGAUGAACACAGGCAUCAUUUCCACGCCCAGGGAGAAUUCAGUUACCUGCAUCUUGAUUAUGAGAUCAGCUUUGGAGGGAUUCCAGCACCUGGAAAAUCAGUGUCUUUUCCCCAUAAAAAUUUUCAUGGGUGUUUAGAAAAUCUCUACUAUAAUGGAGUGGAUAUUAUUGAUUUGGCCAAGCAGCAAAACCCACAGAUCAUCAUUAUGGGAAAUGUAUCAUUUUCUUGUUCACAACCACAGUCUGUGCCUGUGACUUUUCUGAGCCCCAGGAGUUACUUAGCUCUGCCAGGAGCUUCCAGGGAAGAUGAGGUUUCUGCCACUUUUCAAUUUCGAACGUGGAAUAAGGCAGGGCUUCUGCUAUUCAGUGAGCUUCAACUGGUUUCAGGGGGUCUCCUCCUCUUUCUUAAUGAUGGAAAACUUAAGCUGAAUCUCUACCGUCCAGGAAAAUUACCCAGUGACAUCACAGCAGGUGUUGGAUUAAAUGAUGGACAAUGGCAUUCUGUCUCCUUAUUUGCCAAAAGGAAUUACCUGAGUGUGACAGUAGAUGGCCAGGUGGCUUCUGCUGCUCCUUCCAUGGGGCCUGAGCACAUUUAUUCAGGUGGCAGCUAUUAUUUUGGAGGGUGUCCUGACAACAGUGUCGGAUCCAAAUGUAAAAGCCCACUCGGUGGGUUUCAGGGAUGUAUGAGACUCAUUUCUAUCAGUCACAAGGUGGUAGAUCUGAUUUCAGUCCAGCAGGGGUCCCUCGGGAACUUCAGUGACCUUCAGAUCGACUCCUGUGGAAUCAUGGACAGGUGUUUGCCCAACUACUGUGAACACGGAGGUGAAUGCUCCCAGUCCUGGGACACCUUCCACUGCAACUGUGCAAACACUGGUUACAGCGGAGCCACUUGCCACAACUCUAUCUAUGAGCAGUCAUGUGAAGCCUAUAAGCAUAGAGGAAACACUUCAGGGUUUUACUAUAUAGAUUCAGAUGGAAGUGGUCCCCUGGAACCAUUUCUUCUAUAUUGCAAUAUGACUGAAACGGCGUGGACCAUCAUACAGCACAAUGGCUCUGACAUAACGAGAGUCCGAAACACCAAUCCCGAGAACCCCUACGCUGGGUCUUUCAAGUACGUGGCCAGCCUGGAGCAGCUCCAGGCCACAAUUAACCAUGCAGAGUACUGCGAGCAGGAGUUGACCUACUACUGCAGGAAGUCACGGCUUGUGAACGAGAAAGAUGGAACCCCUCUGAGUUGGUGGGUUGGAAGAACCAAUGAAACACAGACUUACUGGGGAGGUUCUCUGCCUGAUCUUCAAAAAUGUGCUUGUGGACUAGAGGGGAACUGCAUUGACUCUCAGUAUUCCUGCAACUGUGAUGCUGACCUGAAUGAAUGGACCAAUGACACGGGAUUCCUUUCUUAUAAAGAACAUCUGCCCGUGACUAAGAUUGUGAUUACAGAUACCCGUCGACCUCAUUCCGAAGCCGCGUAUAAACUCGGGCCUCUGCUCUGCCGGGGAGACAGAUUAUUUUGGAAUUCAGCUUCCUUCAAUACUGAGGCUUCAUACCUUCAUUUUCCUACUUUCCACGGAGAACUUAGUGCAGAUGUGUCUUUCUUUUUUAAGACAACAGCUUCAUCUGGGGUAUUUUUAGAGAACCUGGGGAUUACCGAUUAUAUCCGGAUAGAGCUACGCUCUCCUGCAGUCGUGACGUUUUCAUUUGAUGUGGGAAACGGGCCUUCUGAAAUCUCAGUGCAGUCACCCACUCACUUCAACGACAACCAGUGGCACCAUGUUUGGGUUGAAAGGAACAUGAAGGAGGCGGCUGUGCAAGUGGAUCAGCUCUCGCCCAGGAGGCAGCCUGCUCCGGCCGAUGGGCAUGUCCUCUUACAGCUCAACAGUCAGCUCUUUGUAGGUGGGACGGCCACCCGACAGAGGGGCUUUCUGGGUUGCAUUCGGUCCCUGCAGUUGAACGGUGUGGCGCUGGACCUGGAGGAAAGAGCCAAGGUCACUCCCGGAGUGGAGCCAGGCUGUGGAGGGCACUGCAGCAGCUAUGGGAAAUUGUGCCACCAUGGAGGGAAGUGCAGGGAGAAGCCCAGUGGCUUCUCUUGUGAUUGCACCUCGUCUGCAUACACGGGACCAUUCUGCUCUGAUGAGAUUUCUGCCUAUUUUGGAUCUGGUGCAUCCAUCAUUUACAAUUUUCAAGAAAAUUACUCCUUAAGUAAAAAUUCCAGCUCCCACGCUGCCUCGUUUCAGGGUGACGUGAAGCUCAGCCGGGAAACCAUCAAGUUUAGCUUCCGCACGACACGGACGCCAAGCUUGCUGCUCUACGUGAGCUCCUUUUAUAAAGAAUACCUUUCAGUUAUCAUUGCCAGAAAUGGAAGUUUGCAGAUCAGGUACAAGCUAAAUAGAUAUCAAGAGCCCGAUGUUGUUAACUUCGAUUUCAAAAACAUGGCGGAUGGGCAACUUCACCACAUAAAGAUCAACAGAGAAGAAGCCGUGGUCUUUGUGGAGAUUGACGAGAAUGCCAGGAGACAAGUCCACCUGGCAUCAGGUACAGAACUCAGCGCAAUCAGAUCUCUCGUACUGGGCAGGAUUCUAGAACACAGCGAUGUGGACCAGGAAACAGCGCUGGCUGGCGCCCAGGGCUUCUUGGGCUGUCUCUCUGCAGUGCAGCUCAGCCACGUGGCCCCGCUGAAGGCUGCGUUGCACCCCAGCCGCCCAGCCCCCAUCACCAUCUUAGGGCAUGUGACAGAGUCCAGCUGUGUAGCCCAGGCUGGCACUGAUGCCACAUCAAGAGAGAGGACGCACUCCUUUGCAGAUCAUUCUGGAACAAGAGAUGGUAGAGAACCCCUCACUAAUACAAUCAAAAGUGACUCUGCAAUAAUUGGAGGUUUGAUCGCCGUUGUGAUCUUUAUCUUGCUGUGCAUCACUGCCAUAGCCGUUCGCAUUUAUCAGCAGAAAAGGUUAUACAGAAGAAAUGAGGCAAAAAGGUCAGAGAAUGUAGACAGUGCUGAGGCUGUUUUGAAAAGUGAGCUUAACAUACAACAUGCAGUCGGCGAAAAUCAGAAAGAGUACUUCUUCUGAUUGGCAGCCAUGAUUUCCCUUAUAAUUACGACAGUCUGAUUUAAAAGCCAGGGCUCUCAACGGACAAAAAAAAAAGAAAAAAAAAAAAGUUCUUAUACUGAAUGUACAGGCAAUGGAUUUGCAGCACUGCCACGUUGCCGUGUCCAGACGCGAGCUGGCUCCAGGAGGCCUCAUCCAGUGACAUAUCUCCCAUCGCAGUCAUUCUGUGCAACAAGGAAUUAGCUGUUGCUGCUCAUUUCCCACGGUUCCGAUAUGACCUAAAAUAGAAGUGUAACACGCACUCAGUGACUACAGUUUUUCAACGUGAAAACUGUAGCUCCGGUCUCGCACCCAUGUGAUACCUAAGUUUUGUUAGAGGUAAAGAUCAAAAUUGCACUGUAAUGACCUUGCUUUAUUUGAGAACAUAUGCUGUGUUUGCUUUAGUGUCCCCAUGGUGUUCUUCAUAGACCUGGAAAUGCUUCUAAGAUCCUGUUUGGCUGGUGUUUGCAUCUUCAGUGGCCAAAAGUAUAUAAACCCCUUUGCCUUUCUCUGUAUUGCAUUCAAUACAAUUUAU